UGUCUACUCAUAUUUUACAAAACAAAGUAAUCCUGUCAGUCAACAAAUUUUUGAAAUAAAUAAUUUUUCCUUGUCUAAAUUAUUUAUGUUUUCAAAUAAUAUGGGAAGAAUCGAGAUAUCUUCUUGCAUGACAAGCACAGACAAUCUACGCUGGUUAAACAUUAUGAUUUUUCCAUAAAAUAUUUAAAGAUCUUCAAAAUGCAUCCUAUAUUAAUAAUAUUUCGUUUUAACAAUGGAGAGGAUCCAAACGGAAGGAGAGGUUCAGAGAUCGGGGAUAUUCAAUUAAAGGUAACCUCUGAAACCUUAUCUCCAAAAAUGGUUGUGGAUUUUGUCGCUGGACUUCUCGGAGGUGCUGCUGGGGUUCUUGUUGGUCACCCCUUCGAUACAGUGAAAGUGCAUUUGCAAACCGAUAAUCCUCAUAACCCGAAAUACAAAGGCACAUUACACUGUUUUCGAACGAUAAUGCAAAAAGAAAGCUUCAGAGGAUUAUACCGAGGAAUUAGCAGUCCCAUGGGUGGAAUAGGACUUGUAAACGCUAUCGUUUUCGGGGUGUAUGGAAAUGUUCAACGAUUUUCCAACGAUCCCAAUUCGCUGAAAUCCCACUUUUUCGCGGGUUCCAUAGCUGGCGUGGCGCAAAGUUUUGUUUGUGCACCGAUGGAGUUGGCAAAAACCAGACUUCAAUUAUCAUCGCAGAUCGACAGCGGGAUCAAAUUUACUGGACCCAUCCACUGCCUUAAGUACAUACUAAAAACCGAAGGUAUUCGAGGCGCCUUCAAGGGACUGCUAGCUACCAUUCUAAGAGAUAUUCCAGGAUUUUCCGCCUACUUUGUGUCCUUUGAGUUCAUGAUGCGCCAAGUGGAAACUCCCAACGUCCUAUACACUCUAACGGCAGGAGGAUUAGCGGGGAUGUCCUCUUGGUUGGCCUGCUACCCCAUCGACGUGGUGAAGACCCACAUGCAAGCAGAUGGGCUUGGAAAGAACGCCAAAUACAAUGGAUUUGUCGACUGUGCUAUAAAGGGCUUUAAAAACGAGGGCCCGCAAUAUUUUUUCCGCGGGUUAAACUCGACUUUGAUAAGAGCAUUUCCGAUGAAUGCCGCUUGCUUUUUUGUGGUGUCUUGGAUCCUGGACUUCUGCAAUGCCAAGACUGGCAUGGAUUCCGUUGUGCACUCCGAUCAGCCACUUACUCUAGUGAACUUGGACAAUAAGACGCAGGCGGACCUGGAGACAACCGCUGCAACAGUUGAAGAAGUUGUGCGGAAAAUAAUCACGGACAAUGCCAUAUCACAUCAGUAUGCUUCCACACCUCAGGACGUCGUUCACAACCAUUACACAAGUAGCACAAUUAACAUCCCAAAAGAAUCCAAAACGCGUUUAUCCUCCGAUUGUAAUCUAAAAUAAAAUUCAAAGUUGUUAGUAUA